AUGGGUGCCCUUCUCCAAUAUGUCAUUGGUGGGACGUUCAUUGCCACUGCUUUGAUCAUAGGCGUCGCUUGCAUGAUUGUCUUCAACGUUAUUAGCGACAUAAACAGCUUCCGUGAUGAAAUCAAAAAAGAUCUUGAUCAAUUUAGGAAUUAUGCCGACGAUGCUUGGAAGACCAUGAUUGAUAGUAAACCACGAAGGCCGAACGCAUUCAUAUAUCUACGCGCUAAGAGGGCAGGACUUUACACAGAAGGAGCAGUCGGUGCGGGCGGAGGUACCUGGGGAGGAAGCAGUGGGGGAGGAGGAGGAUGGAGCGGAAGCAGCGGUAGCAGCGAUGGUUGGAGCGGUGUCAGCGGUGGCGGCGGAGGCGGCGGUAGCUGUCAGUGUGCUGCUCAGGCCAGUGGAUGCCCUCGUGGUCCUCCAGGACCACCUGGACUGCCUGGACACCCCGGAGAAGACGGCAUGCCAGGAAUGCCUGGAGGAGCAGGACAAAGUGGACAUGCUGCGGCUAUGGGGCACGCCAUGGGAUGCAUUAGCUGCCCAGCUGGCCCACCCGGUCCACCCGGACCCAGUGGAGCACCAGGACCAGCUGGACCACCUGGAAACCCAGGAAUGCCCGGACAAGGAGGAGGAGGAGGUGCACCUGGACCAGCCGGAGCCCCUGGCGCCCCUGGUGCAAAUGGAAACCCUGGAGCACCCGGAAUGGAUGGAGCACCUGGCGCGCCAGGGACACGUUCACGUAGCAUGCCCGGUCCUAUGGGACCACCUGGACCACCAGGAGCACCAGGACAGCCCGGGCAAGACGGAGGACAUGGAGGCGCUGGAGCACCCGGACCUGCAGGAGCACCGGGACCAGCAGGACAACCUGGAGCACCAGGAGCAGCUGGAGGUGCAGGACAGGCUGGAUCUAAUGGAUCACCAGGACGUGAUGGAGCAUAUUGUCCUUGCCCUCCAAGAACCGCAUUCGGCGGCGCUGUUGGAGCAGGUGGUGGCAGUGGUUUCACCGGCUCUGGAGGAGGCAAUAAUGGAUUCGCGGUUACUACUACACUCCAAGGUGGUGGCGGUGCUGGAGGUGGCAACGAGCCGUUUGAAAAAGAAAGCAGCAGUGCCUUGCUCAAGAAGCGGGCUCGUGUGUGA